CUCUUCUUCUACGAUCGAGCUUCGUCGAGGCGAUCUUUAGGGUUUCGAUCCUGUAACGAAGCUUGAAGGUUGAUUUCUGGCAUUGUCCAUUUUGCAGAAAAUGGUAUGUUUUAUGUUUAUUUGAUAUUAUUAAUUCCUGUCUGUGGGUGAUAUUGUUGCCUCUUGGCUGUUACCGUUUUAUUUAUGAAGUUGUUAUUUAUUAAGUUGAGCAUGUGGUUGGCAUCUCCGGUGCUGCCCCAAGUGGGCUAUUGGACAAAGUGCACUGUUUUUCAUCUAAUCUUUGAAGUUUAUCAAAAUGUUGUUCUUGAAUGCCAUGGGAAAAGUUCCACUUGGAAAACUAUUUUCAAAAUUUAGGUUACAUAAAGCAGAUAUGAUGAGACACUCCUCAGAAGGCAUAUGUGCUAAUGAAUGCUGCCCCCAUAUGUGAAAAUUUUUAUGACAUUAGAUUUUUUUCCUUCAGUAUUAUAGUCUAUUUUGCUACCUGGUGCUUGUGUACCACUAACAGAGUGUAUCUUUGUGAAGAGCGGCAUGUUUUGAAAUGCCUUGAUAUUGUCAAAGUUGGUAUUGUUGCGAUAUGAUUGUUUUUAACAGGAAUAGAAUCUAUGACAAUUGUUUUGUUUAACCCUUUGUUUUCAAUUUAAUUACCUCUAUUGGGCCGUUCAUUUUUCUAUUUGAAGACUGCUAUCAGAGAUCUUUUUAUAUCCUUAAUGGAAACUUGUUUAUUAGGGGUUGAUCUAAUUUCCCAGUGGAUCUACUUGUGGCAUGAAAGUAAAUUAUAAUGUGUAAAUAUUGACAAAAAUAUACAUACUGCUAUUGUCACUUGUUUAAGGUGAUUUUGAUCUACUCUCUCCUUGAACGAGUCUUGUAUAAGCUGCUAUACCUCAAAUUGCCUUUACUUUUUGAUUAUUGAUUCACCUAUAUUUUGUUGUUCACUGCAAAAUUUUUAACUAUUUGGUAGUCAUGACUAAUGAUUUAUGGUGUCAUCAACAUGAAAUUCUUCUUCUCUUUGCUCUUUUUAAUUUUUAUGUGGAUGGUUAUAUUUCAGUUUUUCGAUGGAUAUGGAUAUCAUGGAACAUCGUUUGAGCAGAGUUAUCGAUGCUACCCUGCAUCUUUCAUUGAAAAGCCACAAAUUGAAAGUGGUGACAAAAUUAUAAUGCCUCCAUCAGCCCUUGAUCGCCUUGCAUCUCUGCAUAUUGAUUAUCCUAUGUUGUUUGAGCUUCGAAAUGAUGCUGCUACACGUGUCUCUCACUGUGGAGUACUAGAGUUUAUUGCUGAAGAAGGCAUGAUCUACAUGCCCUAUUGGAUGAUGGAGAAUCUGCUCUUGCAAGAAGGGGAUAUCGUGAGGGUGAAAAACAUUACUCUUCCAAAGGGAACUUAUGUUAAAUUGCAACCUCACACAAAGGACUUUUUGGAUAUUUCAAACCCGAAAGCCAUCUUAGAGACAACGUUAAGAAAUUAUUCCUGUUUAACCACUGGGGACAGUAUUAUGGUGGCAUAUAACAAUAAGAAAUAUUACAUAGAUAUUAUAGAGACGAAGCCAUCCAAUGCGAUAAGUAUCAUUGAGACUGACUGUGAAGUAGAUUUUGCUCCUCCACUGGACUACAAGGAGCCAGAGAGGCCUGCUGCAACUGUUCCUUCAAGCAAAACACCAUCUCAAGAUGAAGAGGCAGCAGUUGAGACCGAACCAAAAUUCACUCCCUUUACUGGAAGUGGGAGACGCUUGGAUGGGAAAUCUUUGACUUAUCAGCCUCCACAAGUUUCUUCACAAUUCUCCAGAGACAAAGGGCCUGGUUCUUUGAAAGGGAAUAACCAGCCUGCUGCUUCAUCUAGUUCACAAAAUACUGCACGACAGGCUCAGGGAAAGCUCGUCUUUGGAUCAAAUGUCAGCCGUCCCAAGGAAACAAAAGAGGAUGCUGCAAAAGAGACUAAAGAGAAGCAGCCCCAGAAGAAAGAAGAGCCCAAAUUCCAGCCCUUUUCAGGGAAAAAGUACUCAUUGAAGGGCUGAUUUAGUUGUUUAGAAAAAACUUGUAAUGUUUACUAAUCCACUGUUGAUAACAUAAAAUUACAUGAAAUGAUCUGGGAUUGUAUGUCAUCAGAGAUGGAACUGCGGGUUUCAUGGCAAGGUGAAGAAAAAGGAUAUUCUUUAUUUUAUUUUAUUUUUUACAUGGACAGUUAAUUGCUUGACAUUAUUGCUUUUUAAGUUGAUCUUGCUCUAAAUGGUCUUUUUAUUUAUUUUUAUCAAGUACAUGUGGUAUUAGAGGAAAUGGGCAAAUAAAGAUAUUAAAUUAUA